AAACCCUUCAUUAACAAACUCGAGAACAUCGCGUUAGGCUCUUCUACAGAAAAUUAUAAUCACACCUCCCCUGGGCUAACACACCUUUCACUUUCAUGGCGAUUGUGUUUUGUCCACCGUUACCAACCAGAGCCCUCUCUUGAUCAAACCCAAACCCUAAUUCCACAAAUAAAAACUCCGCUCUGCAUUGUUUACGGCGAUUCCGGCGCUUAAUUUCUUCUGUUCCCUCCAUUUUGAGCCGUUGUGCAAUGGAGGAGUUCGAGCCAAACCAUCUAAAAACCCCGAUGGUCUCUACAAGCACAAGGCACAAAUGUGCAGCAUGUUUUCAGCAGUUCAAGAAAAAAGAGAACCUUGUUGAACACAUGAAAAAAUCCUAUCACUCAGUGCAUCAACCUAAAUGCGGUGUUUGUCAUAAACACUGCAAAUCAUUCGAAUCAUUAAGGGAGCAUAUAUCAGGUCCAUUAGCCAAAGCUCACUGCUCAAGUAUAUUUGCACAAAAUGGUUGCCACCUUUGUCUGAAUGUCUUUGAAAGCCCUGUUUCUGUUGAUGGGCACAAAGAGUUAUGCCUCCAAACUGCCCCUCCCCCCCUCGGGACAAUGAAUAUUCCCUACACAGAAUAUGAAGCCUUAGAAGAUGAAAACUACAUGAGUAAAUAUCCUGAAGCAGUUGCUAUCAACUGCCAAAUGGUUGGGUGUGGUAUCGAUGGAUCAGUUGAUCUAUUAGCUCGAGUUUGCCUUGUUGAUGAAGAAGAGAAUAUGAUAUUCCACACAUAUGUGGAACCCCAACUAUCUGUAACUGAUUAUAGAUAUGAAGUAACGGGCAUAAAAGAAGAGCACUUAAAAAGAGAUGGUAUGCCGGUUAAGGAAGUGAGAGAAAAGAUUUCUCAAAUUUUGUACAAUGGAGAAUCAAUAGGAAAAGCGCGCUUGGAUGGCGGAAAAGCUAAACUUCUUGUGGGCCAUAACCUGGACCAUGCCUUGGAUUGCUUGUUAAUGAAUUAUCCCGAGAAUUUGUUAAGGGAUACUGCAACAUAUCGUCCACUACUUAAAACUAAUUUCAUGAGCCACUCUCUCAAGUACCUCACCAAGACAUAUCUAGGGUACGAUAUCAGAUCAAGCAACAAAGAUCUAGAGAUGAAGGAAAUAGAUCGACCAGUUAAGAGGAAGACAAACCUUCAUCAGAGAAGGGGUAGGGAUAUGGGACGGUGGGGACAGAAGUCCUAG